UGUUACGUUGACUGGGAUGUUGCAGCAGGAUGAACAUGGAAACCAUCUUUGUUCAUCUCUCUGUGUGGAAAAAGACCAGCACAGUUUCACUGUGAGUGUUGAACACGACAGCAGCGCUCCUGCUGUGUCUCAUCUCUCCGCCACUCUGCACACCUGUGAGAAGAUGGCCGACUGGACACUCCUCCUCCAGUCCUUCCAGCAGCUGAGAGGGAAAAAGAGCGAGCCAGAGCUGGAGGAGGAUGUGGAGAAGUUGCUGUCCUCCUUGCGCUCCCUUCCUGGACUGAAGAAGGGGUACCUAAAAUCCAGAGUCCAGAUAAGCAAGUGGGCCUCUAAGUGUGACGGUGAAGGAACAGCCAGAACAUGGAGACACUCUCUGCUCAUUUCUCUCCUUGAGGAAACACCAGCAUAGCACACUCAAGCAGGACCCAUUAAUCAGGCUUACUGUGGGACAGCAUACCGUAACAAUGUCCUCCUCACAGACAUCCCCAGAUUUUUCUCUGAAGCACCGUUGUUGGGGGAGACCUCAUCUCACUUCCUCUCCUUUAACUCAGGAGAACAGGCUGAGUCCUCUGUCUCUUGUCUCUCUCACCUUCCCCACCACAGACGUCCCCUUAAGGGAUUGGGUGGAUUUCCUGAAGAUUUUUAACAAGUUGAGCAGAAAUAGGAGUGCUGAUGUGGAGAAUGAUGCUGACACUUUGUUCUCCACCUUGCACUCUGUGCAUGGCCUAAGGGAGGUGGAACUAAUGGUGGGCAGCCUGACAGAGAACUGGGCUCAGCGGGUCCUCUCUUUUAUCAGGGAACAGCCCAGGGACAAGGAGAUUAGUGUUCAUGUGCUGAAAGAGUGGGACAGUCGUGAGAAGAGUCUCUGCUCAUCUCUCUUUGUGAGAAAAACAACCAGCAACUUCAGGUUGGUAGCUGAGCACCUGAGCUCGGGGAGUUCCUGUGCAGAUGUCGCGGCUCCUGCUCUCUCAUACGUCUCAGUCCUCACAGACACAGACACGGCAGACAUGGACUGGGUCGGAUACCUCAAAACGUUUCACGAACAUGAAAUAGAAAGUCUGUAUGUGUACGAGUGUGUGGAUCCUCUCCUGUCUUCUCUGUGCGCUCUGUCUGGCCUGAGGGAGGUGGAGUUGAGGGCGAGCUGCCUGACUGAGAUCUGGGUCUGGAACAUCCUGUCUCUCAUCCAGAACUGCCCCAGCCUACAGGAAGUGAGGCUAUCCGCAGGUCGUUUUGUAGUGAGUGAUGGUCAAUCUGACUGGACUGACUGUGGUCCUUUACUGCUUGAGGAGAUCACUCAUCUACAGGAGACUCCUAAACGCCCAAACUGCACCAUCACUCUCACAGGGAUCAAAAGGAGGACCGUUGAAGUGUCCAGUCACUUCAAAGAGGGGAGACUGCAAUGCAACAGCCCAGUGAGGAUCACCAUCAGGGGAGAGACAUCUACUGAGGAGCUCCUAGCACACGCCGGAGAAGGAAAAAAUUGACAGAUACACUGCCAAAACUGCUUAUCUAAAGUCUAACCAAGUGUUAUUAAUCUUAUAUCAAGAUCAAAAAAAUGUUUGCUUUCAGUGCAAGAGACCCUUAAAAUCUUGUAAAGUCAUUUGACCUGUUUUAAUAAAAUUUUGACUUAUUUUAA